AUGGGGAAGACCACCUACGCCCCGAUUGUGGCAGCAGAACUCCGCACCCAGUUGGAACAGUGGCAUACACACCUUCACCCAAGCGUCAAGUUUUCGGGGACGGAACCGCUGCUGGAUCCCCAAAAGGCCUUCCUCCAGGCCCAGUACUACGCCGCACAUUGUCAGAUCAACUGGACGUAUGUUUUGCGCAUCUUGACUGCUCCCCCUUCCGAUUGGGAAAGUGAAGAAUCCAUCUCCAUGUUGAACUCUGCCGAGCUUGCCAUCCAGUAUGCGAUCCUACACUUGCGCAGUUUGGAGGCUCUUUUGCAGGACAGACACCUCAUGCUGUUCACUAACCAGAUCUCAUGUUUCGCAUUUACCACAAUGUUAUUGUGUACCGUCGACCAUCCGAAAUUGAUGCAAUGUCAACACCCUCCGACCAGCAUGGCAGCCGCCCAACGAGCACGAGACCUUCUCACCGUGUGGGCCGACGAGGACACCAACGUGAGCGCCAUGGUCAGCAGACUAGAUGACUUACUAGCUCAAAAGAAGAGAUCUUGA